AGUAUAAGCAAAAAAAGUCUAUAAAUGCGACAGGCUUCGAAACGUCGGCAGAAAAUUAAUUUUAUUUCCAUUCGCGUGAUCAUAAGAAAUCAUUAUUUGAAAAAAAAAACAUCAUGGAUAAACCCUAAUAGCACAUAGGUUUUCAAUAAAUGUCCUGCGUAAUUUAUAUUUUAUCGUCCCACUAGUUUUGUUGACCUCCAGCGUUAAAAAUCGAAAUGUCAAUUGCUACUGUCAAACGAAAGUGUCAAAAACAAAACAACACGAUGUUGUGAACCAAAGAAAAUACUGCUUUCUAAUUCCAAAUUCAAAUUUAUCUACCGUGUAAGAUUGAAAUAGUGCCAUGUUUCUAAAAACUGACAUACUAAAGGCGAUUUCAUUCAGAAAUCCCGUAAGACUUCCGUUGUCGUACUGGCUGCUAGUAGGAAUAAGAUUUGUGCUAACUAUUCUGCCGCAGCGCGGAUAUAUACAUCCAGAUGAGUUUUUCCAAAAUGUGGAGGUCAUGGCAGGUGACAUCCUUACUGUUGAUGUGGCUAGAACAUGGGAGUUCAACCCAAAUUUUCCUAUUAGGAAUAUAUUUGUCCCAAAGAUGAUAUUUGGUCCACCACUACAUCUCAUAAGACUCGCAAACCCAUUCAUAAAACACUAUUUAAAUAUAGAUCUCAGAACACCAUACUAUCUUCUUGUUAUACCACGAGUAUUUAUCUGCCUAUUAUCUCUUAUCAAUGACUACUGUUUAUACAGAAUUUGUGUAUUAUAUGGUCAAAAUUUCAGAAACAGACUGACUAUAUUUGCAAGUUCAUACAUAGUCCUAGUGUACUGCUGCAGAAGCUUUUCAAAUGCAUUUGAAAUGAUUUUCUUCUCAAUUCUCUUAUACUUAGUGGCCAAGUGCAUGUUCAAAUCAGACAAUGUAAUAUACCAUAGUGAAUUUUUAAAAGAAAAAUAUAAGGCAGCUACAAAUGCCGUUGACAAAGUAAAGAUUUUUAAACUGAGCACUCAUUUACCAGCUCAUUCGUUCAAUCAUGUAAUGUUAAUAUCUGCUGUGGUAGUUAUAGGAAUAUUUAACCGUCCAACAUUCGCUGGUUUCGCGUUCCCGCCUGUUUUUUUCUGGUUGCAGCGAGGUUUAGGGUCUAAGAUUGUUGGGUUUAAGGAUUUUCAUUAUAGAAUACUAUUGUUCAUAUUAAGUGGUGCGCCUAUUGCGCUGUUGCUAAUAUUAAUUGACUCUGGGUACUAUGGGUACCUCACUAUGGCUGAUAUUGAGUCAUUAAAGAUAUCCUGGGACAAUUGGGUUGUGACUCCAUUGAAUUUCCUGAGAUAUAACACUGAUACGAAGAAUUUGACGGAGCAUGGUCUGCAUCCACGGUGGCUUCACCUAGCGGUUAACGUGCCGCUGCUCUUCAAUGUUCUGGGAGUGCUGGCUCUUAUAACACUGUCCAUCAAUAUGUACAGGUUCAUCCGAGGCCAGUACAAAAAACUCCCGCGAAUCCAGAGCAUCACUGGUCUAAUGCUGUUCUCCCUGAUCAUUCCAGUGGCGUUACUGUCGCUCUUCCCCCACCAGGAGCCGAGGUUUAUAAUACCCGUCCUAGUUCCCCUCGUCUACCUCUACGGGAAUCAUCUCCACCCUAACGAAAGCGACGCGCCAAGCACAAGAAAACUUAAAGUAAUGUUAAAAAGCAUGUGGUAUAUCCUCAACAUACUAUUCUCAAUUUUCUACGGAUUCAUUCAUCAGGGAGGCAUAUAUCCUCUGGCGAAUAGCCUGCAUCGAGAAAUUAAGGCAAAUUAUGGUAUGCACACCCAUGUUAUUAUAACACACAGCUAUAGUCUGCAGAGUAUAGUAUGGAAAGAAAAGACGGGACACAAAUAUAGAUUAGUCCCCACCACUUUUAUGCAUAGAUUUGGAUCCCUCCCAGUUAAAGAUCUUUUAGUGAAGAUAGACAAAGACCUUUCUAAUGCUGAAAGUUUGUUACAUAAAAAUAAAAAGCCGUACAGAUUUUAUGUAGCGAGUCCUUGCUCUUGAAAAGAAAUUCGUUCUGAAGCCAGUAAAUACGGUAACUUCGAUUUGGUCGAAGAUUUUUCGUUCUACCCGCAUUUCUGUUCGGAAGCGUUACCUAGUUUUCCGAGUAAUCGUGAUCAGUUUUGUGUGGCUAAUGAUAUUUUUAAUAAAAAUGAGUCUCAUGCAAUAGAUCUGAAUUUGUUUGAUAGAUUCCUAUGCUUUUUAAAAAGGUUUUGCCUUAAGUUGUAUAGAGUACAUAGCUUUACAUCUUACAACCGCUAAGUGCGCAGCUAUUUCUACAUAAGCAGUUAUAUUUUGUUUUGCUCUUUAGUGUUUAGUUUAAUUCUGGAGGUUUUUUUAAAUGAUAGAUGCCAGAUAGUGAAAAGGAGCGACGAUAUAUUGGGCCUCUGAUUAUAAUCGAGUAUUUGGCAUAUAUACUAUAAUUGUGAAUCACACAUUGAAAUUUUUAACAACUGAUUAAAAUGACUUAUAUAUUUUUAAAUUAUUUAGCAACCAUACAUGCUCUAAGUUGCAAAAUGAUAGUUAUUUAGUUGGAUAAUAAUACAUGUAAUAUUAAAUCAGUUAUAUUUAUCAUUUAUUAUAUGUACAGAUUUCGUUAUAGGCUUUAAUUUUAUCUAAAUGUAAAAGACAAUAUACACGUCACACUGAUUUUUUUAUAUCCAUCUAAACAAUCAUGGUAAUUAUUCUUUAUCUUAUUAAUUUUAAGACUUCAAAGUUAAAUUACGAUUUUCCAUAGACGCUUCACAAGAAACAACGCUCGUAACAAUGGCUUGUGUGUGAUUUUACUAAGCAUUUAUAUAAGCAUAAAUAGUAUCAAAAUGAGAAUGUUUUCGAUCCCGAAACUAGCGCUUAUGUUUAGAUUUGGACUUUAACUCAAAAUUAUUGCAGUACUAAGUACUGCGGUACGAAUAAUUAUGAGUAUACUACAUACUUAUGUAUAUGGAUAACAUAUGCCAAUGGUAUAAUAAAACGUAAAUAUUAUCUGGAACUAAUUUUAAAAGAUAAUUAAGUAAGUAGUAAGUGCUAUUGAAUAAAAGACAGUUUCAAAUAUAUUACUUAUGCUACAUUGUGACCUUUUUAGAUAGAUAAAACUAACGUAAGACAAAAUAUACUUUAUGGUGAUAUUCACAACUUUUAACCCAAAUGUUACAAUGCUUGGCAAAUAUUAUGUAGGUACCUAUGUGAUAUCAAUGAAUCAUUUCCAAGACUUUUUUGUACAUUUACUUAUUUUUAAGUAUGACUUUGUUUAAUUAUUAAAUUUUAUUUCUGUGCUCAAAAUGUAUAAAUCUUUUAUGUAUUGGUGAUUUUAUAUUCUGUUAUAAGAUACUUAUCUCAUUAAUGAUUUUUAAAUGUUCAUUAUUUGAUAAGCAUUUUUUGUUCUAACAGGUACAAGAGAAAAUAUUAUUCUGACUAGUGAAGUGUACCAUUUUAAAUCUUAUUAGGUACUAAAAUAUAAUAAAUCAGAAAUAAAAUAUUCCAUAUUAUGUUGCUAAUGCGCAAUACUUUACUACUUUGUCACUGAGGCAUUUUAUUUAUUGUAGGUUGUUCUUCAUUUUAAAGACAUUUAUAUAAGUGUCAUAUUUGUCUAAAUACCUAUUUACAAUAAUAUAAGUACUUAUUAAGUAUAUUUCCCAAAGCCGGCCCUGGAAAAGAUGAUGACUUUAUUUUUGAAUAAGAAAACCAUACGAAUGGCAGGUAAAAUAUGUGAUGUAAAAAAAAUUAAAACUAUUAUUACGUGGCAUUGAUUAAUUACAGUUAUCAUUUUUCGUGCACGUUUAAUUCGAUUUAUUCGUACUACAACUUGUCUCGGGGCUGGUUUAUGUUGCGCUGCAUAGUAUAACAUAGCAUAACACUGAAAAGAUUUUUUAAUGUAAAUGAUAAAACCGAAUGCUUUGGGGCCUUAUAAAAAAUUGUGGGUAGCAAAAUAUUUUGUUAUAUUAAUGUAUUUGUGUAUUUUCUUUACGUCAGGCGUUUUUAUAUGUUGAAUGAAUCAAAUUUUGAAUGUAAUUUUAGACUUUAUAAUUUGAUUAUAUUCCAGCUGUCUAGUCCUCUAUACUUGCUCCACGUAAGCUUUUAAUAUCUUGUGAUUAACUACAUUCUUAAUUUUGUUGAAAAUAAAAUAAAUAUACCAUA